CAGUACUUUCUGAGCUGUGUGAGUAAUACAUCCCGCGUUCUUUUGCCAAAAUCAACAGCCCUAUAGCUUAGCGAAGACCUUGGGUUUGAAACUAAAUUUCAAUUAAUUAGACCUUAUUGGGGAGAGUAAAACGCCUGAAAGAAAGGCUUGCCUUAAAGGUUGUACCGAGGGCAAAUUGCCUCCAUUCGUUUUUUUCUUCUUUUUUUUCCACUUAUGUUAUUGGUCUUGUCAGAGAGCAGAGAGAAAGACGGGAGAAACGUGGACGGUUUGUUUUAGCUAGGUAUAUUAUCUACCCAAUGUUUAAUUUAACCGUGUUGACAGAUAAUAACGGGGUUACAAAUUCAUAACGUCGGCUAUACAAUGACGGGACAAUCCUCGUUGUUACUACGUAAACAAUUAGCAGAGCUCAACAAGAACCCAGUGGAAGGCUUUUCUGCCGGUCUCGUAGAUGAUGAUGACAUCUAUCAGUGGGAAGUGGUCGUCAUUGGACCUCAAGACACAUUGUUUGAAGGAGGUUUCUUCAAAGCCACCUUAACCUUCCCCCGUAACUAUCCUUUGAGGCCUCCCAAGAUGAAGUUCGUCACAGAAAUCUGGCAUCCAAAUGUGGCAAAAAAUGGCGACGUCUGCAUCUCCAUCCUGCAUGAACCCGGCGAGGACAAGUAUGGCUAUGAGAAGCCUGAAGAGCGCUGGCUGCCAAUCCACACAGUGGAGACCAUAAUGAUCAGUGUCAUCUCCAUGUUGGCAGACCCCAACGGAGACUCUCCUGCCAACGUAGAUGCAGCUAAAGAGUGGCGAGAGGAUCCUAAAGGAGUUUUUAAGAAAAAGGUGGCACGCUGUGUGCGGAGGAGUCAAGAGAUGGCGUACGACUAAGGCCUCACCCCAGCCAUCUACACAAUUGGAUCUGCACAGGGGACUUGACAACUGGUUACUGUUAAGUCGGCUAGAUGACCACGGGGGCACAACUUUGUCAACAUCAACUAGUCACCCAAACAAGAAAGACUCUAAACCCAUUCAUCUCUCCUUAUUUGUGUCUUGCAGUUUGAGUGUUUAGAUUUAUGACUCUUUGCUGAAAGGCAGUGGCGUUCUUGCUGCCAAAAGUUCCAUUAUACUUUUCCGUUUACCACCAUCAGUUGCACAAGAAACAUGGCAUCAGCAUUUUUACUCGCAGGAAGAUGCAUUAUACAGCCUCAUACUUUGCUAUGUUGUUACUCAGAUUUCAGGAAUCCUCCCCUUUGAUAAAUGCACCGUUAGACCCCGAUCAGACAGCGUGUUUUGAGCAGCCUGGGGCAAAUUUUUGUUGGCUAAUUGUUUAAAAUGAAAGUGAAUGUUUUGCUCGCUGCUUUUGCGUUGAUGGGCGUGUUGCAUUUUUAAAAAACUUUUUUGCGAGUGAACUCGAACUCGAGUUGAAAAGAACUUCAACUCAGUGCUGAAAAAACACCCCACGUCAUUUAACUUCACAGCAAAUUAACAAACAAAUGAUGUGCUCUGUCAUAUCGCGGCCUUUAGUUUACUUUAUAUUUACCUAUUUAUUCAGAGUGCAACUAUGUAGUUUGUUUUAAGAUGCACAUCAUCUGUAAUAGAUUUUUAUUUUCAACCUGCCACACUGAGCCAUCCAGUCUAGUUAUUUCAUCAAUUAUGCAGUAUUUGCACUCUUUAAAGAGAUGGAAAUACAGACAUUGGCUCUAAUUUCCCUGCAGAGAAAGUGGUCCGUCUCUACAUGAGGGGGGGGGGGGCAAACGUAUCACCCAACGCUGCCUUAACUUUGACAGCCAGCGAAGGAAACUUAUCUUCAAUAAGGACUGCAUCUGAAGGCUUGUUUUGAAUCCAGAAAAAAACUAUUGUGGACAAACCAAAGAGAAUGCACCAAUAAAUAUAUUUUUAAUGAA